CUGACAUUUUUUCUUUCACUUUCUCUCUCGCUUUCUCGUGAACAAAAAUAAAGAAAAAUCAGGACUCGAAGAUUCCGCCUUUUCUACUUCAAAAUAUUGACUAAACUGAAGAAGAUAAAAAAAAAUAAUGGCCGGAGGACUCGGAAAAUGCAGCAAGAUCCGCCACAUUGUGAGACUCAGGCAAAUGCUCCGGCGAUGGCGCAACAAAGCACGGUUAUCUUCAGUGAGCCGUUGUGUGCCGUCGGAUGUUCCAUCUGGACACGUGGCAGUCUGCGUGGGUAGCGAUUGCAGGAGAUUCGUGGUGCGCGCGUCGUACCUGAACCAUCCGAUCCUGAGUAACCUCCUAGUCCAAGCAGAGGAAGAGUACGGUUUCGCGAACCAGGGACCGUUGGUUAUCCCUUGUGAAGAAUCGGUUUUCGAGGAAGCGAUCCGGUUCAUUUCCCGGUCCGAUUCGUCACGGUCGAGCCGGGUUACUUGUCCCGACGAUCUCCAGAAAUGCCACCACGGAGUAGGAAUCAAAAGCAAGAUAGAUCUGUUGAUCGAAUCUCGGCCGUUGCUUCACGGCGUCGCCGAGAAAGCAAUCUGGUGAUUCUGCUAAGAUCGACGGAGAAGAGUGUCGGUUCGUUCGAUUUCUGACACGGUUUGACUCGGAACGGGUUUAAUCGCCAUUGACUCGGCUGAAGUAGAGAAGGCGAAUUUUGAAAUAAAAAAACGUUAUUGACUCGGCUGAGUUACCACCGAGUCGGGUGGUGCUAAUUAUAAUCGGGUUCGGGUCACUGUUUUAAGUUUUGUUAAGAGAUUUGAUUAUACUUGGGGUUUAAAUCGGGUGGCGAGUUACUCACUGAGUCGAGUCAGGCGAAGUUGCGGUUAGAGAGAAGGAGAUGGCGGUUAAAAGGUGGGUGGAAUCGUUCACCGAGUCAUCCCGAGUCCGAUUCCGAGUUCAAGACUGUAAAAUGUAAAUAAGACAAAUGAACAUUUGGGUUUCAUGAGAAAGAGAGAAUGUGAGUUUGAUUCAAAGGGCUUUUGAUUUGAAUAUUGAUCUGUCA